AUGUCAAUGACGUCGGUGGGUAGUCAUGAUUCCAACGACAACGAUUCACUGGAAUCGGACACCGAAUUUGUUGACUGGCGCAGUGGGAGUACAGCGAUAGGAGAGGAGAGAGGAGAUGUUGCUCUCAGCACAACUUCUAGUACUCGUUUCAGCACAGUGACGGAGCGCAGAAAUAGAUUCGUGGCCUUUGAAGACGAACAUGAACAGCGUUUGUAUGCCGGCGCCAUAGAUAAUCUCGAUGAGAAAUCGUCUGUUUCAUCGGCAGCGGAGGAAGAUGAAACCGUUGAAUCACAAACAGCCUUACAGAAGAAGAAGAGUAAAUAUAUGAGAAUUGCUAAAAUUACUGUGCUCUUCAUACUUUGGCUGAUAUUCACUGGUGUGCUCCUAGUACAACCGGAACACGAACAUUCCGAAGCGAAUUUCAUUUGUAUCACAAAUGGCACAGAGAAAAUAUUUCAUGUGCCGGAAGAGUCAAAAUCGAAUGGCUUCUUCAUCACCGCCACAGGCCCAUUUAUAAUGCUCUCCAAAGAUCAACUCACCAAUUUUGGGAACGAAGAAUAUACACUCACCAUAAAAUUAAUGCAAAUAACGGGUGCGGAUGAUGAGAAGCACGAUGUCAGUAAGCCGUGGGUGCUGUAUUUGUCCGACCCCAUGGAUCUGGAUAAGGAGAUAUUAGUUGAACGUAAGAAACUUUUCGCUUUACGGCAUAUGUCCGAGGAGGGCAGCAAAAAGUUGUUGAUCAGCAUGGUGACCAAUAUACCUGAACCGCUAUCUUUGGAGUUCUACUACGAGCCAGCGCCAAUCAACUUAGAGAUCGGUGUUAUUAUAGCGAUAAUACUAGUAGUCGGCUUAUACAUACUGCUUACUCUUGACAUCGUACAUCGUGCGCUCGCUAUAAUCAUCUUCUGUACGCUUACCAUCAGCAUGCUGGCGCUACUGAACAUGCGGCCUUCGUUGCGCACCAUCAUCGAUUGGAUUGAUUUUGAGAUACUCUUAGAGCUCUUCGGUCUGACACUCAUCAUAGCCAUAUUAGCGGAAACUGGUAUUAUCGAUUAUAUUACCGUGCGCAUUUAUGAGAUCUCCAAUGGACACAUUUGGCCCAUAUUGAACACCUUAAGUCUGGUCAUCUUCGUUGGUUCAUGUUUUCUCGAUAGUAUACUCAUGGUACUGCUGAUUGCGCCGAUUGCAAUGCGUAUAUGUGAAUUGAUGCAACUAAAUCCGUUACCUUUGCUGUCCUGUUUGAUCAUAUUUGCGAAUGUCGGCUCGGUAUUGACACCAAAAGGACAGACGCCGAGUGAGUUUGUCACGCAAAAUGAGGUUUUACGACGCGAGGGCAUCAAUAGUUUGGUUUUCAUAGCGCACAUGUUGCCGGGCACUUUAAUAGCUGGCGCAAGCGCUUAUCUCUAUAUGCGCAUACUCUAUCACGAUUCGAAUACGAUGCGAUAUAAGGAUGGCGCCGAGAUUGAACGCUUGCGUCGCGUCAUUAAAGUUUGGUCACGCACCGCCAAGAGUAUUAGUCCAUAUUCGAAAGACGAGCAAGCCAUGCGCGAUACGGUGUUGUCGAAGGUGCGACGUCUGCGCAGACGUUUGAAGCGCAUUGGUAAGAUGCCAGCGCCGCCACCAGACUACAAAGAAACGGUGAAGCAACUCAAAACUCAAUUCCAGAUAACCGAUCAGGCGCUAUUAAUCAAAUCUCUCUUCGUCUUGUUCUUCCUAAUUGUACUCAUCGUGCUGCACCUCGUGCCGAACAUACAUUUCCUCUCCACAGCCUGGACUGCGCUCCUCGCCUGCAUACUACUGCUGAUAUUGGCAGACAAUGAUGACUUCGACGGCAUACUCGGUCGCAUUGAGUGGUCGACAAUGCUAUUUCUCGCCUGUGUUAUUGUGUUCUCCGAGGCCACUGCACAGCUAGGACUCUUCGAUGUGAUCAGCAACAUGACCGGCGAUCUAAUACGUUAUAGCAGUACAAGCGCGCGCAUGUUUGUGGCCAUACUGAUCGUACUGUGGUGGUCGGCAUUUUUGGCAGCGUUCCUCACCGAUUCCUCGGUGUGCUCUCUAAUGUUGCGUGCGGUAAUUGUUGCUGUAGAGGAUAUUGAGGAAGGCCAAUUGCCAGUGCAACCGCUCGUGUGGUCCGUGUUGCUCGGCACCGGGCUGGGCAGUAUUGGUACUCUAAUCGGCACUUAUGCGAAUAUCAUUUGCGCUGGUUUGGCGGAGAAGCAUGGUUAUAAUUUCCCCUUCCUCUAUUAUUGCAAAGUUGGAUUUCCCAUAAUGUUGGUGUGUGUUGCAAGUGUAACGGUUUAUUUAAUGGUAGCUCAUGUGGUGUGCCAUUGGCAUUAA